AUGGAUGGGCAGUGGGGUUUCCCUCAGAGACCCGGGACGAGCCCCUGGCUACUCGUGAAAGGACUCAGGCUGCUGGAGUCCAGGUACUCCCAUUCUGCCCUGGGAGUGUCAGCUUGUUCACUCACUGGUCGUGGCGUUUGGCCAAGCCCACCUCCCACGCACAACGCCAGUGCCCACUCACCACCCUCCUCUCACCCCCAGAGGGAGAUGGUGUGUGGCUUUCUAAGGGGGCUGCACACCGUACAGUACAGGGCUAGUCUCAGGGCAGAGGACUUUGGUUCACUCUCCUUGGGCUUCCCUUGGGGCUCAGCUGGUGGAGAAUCCUGCCUGUAA